AUGUUAGGUAUCACUAUAUUGCUUAUUGGAGGUUUAAUAUGUGUAGUUUUGGGAUAUUUUAUAUUGAAAAUAAUUUGUGCAUGUAGAAAAAAAAAUGUUGACCCGAAAAAGAAUGAAAAUACUUCGGCUCGUCGUAAACGACCACGAAAGAAGAAAAAACCAACUUCAAGCAAAUCAAAGAAAAAAAAGAAAUUGACAACGCACAGACCGAAAAAGAAACAGAGUAAAAGAACAACUAGUAAAAAAUCGAAAUCAACAAAACGAAGCAAAGCUUCGAAUAGUUUACAAGCAACUAAUCAAAUUAAAAAUUCAUCUUUAUUGCCAGUAAAAUCCGAAUCACAUGAUAUGAAAACAGAACAUGUUGAAAAGCCUGUGAAUCAAGUUUCAUUUUAUCAAAUAGACGAAAAUCAUAUGGAUAAAAGCUUUUUACCUAUUGCUCGUUGGCGGGCUCAAUCUAAAAGAAAUGAAACUAAAAAACCUGAAUGUCUUUGGAUCAAUAACGACGAUCCGUAUUCAACUCUAUUUGAAGUUAUGAAUUGUGUAGAUACUGUAAAAAAUGUUAUGCCGUGUACUGAAGAUGAUACUACAGUCUUUUCUAAAUAUGAGUAUGAAUUCAACUACGACGAAGAACAUCUUUUUCGUUGUUAA